AUGGCGUUAGGUCACGGCCGCGUUCUUAGCACAUCGUCUCUGCUCCCUAUCAGUGAUCGACCAACCUCCCAGCUAAUGCGCUCGGGGUCGGUCCCACAAAACCAUGGUCCUAGUACGCAGAGUCGAAGUCCGUCCGUACCCGCUCCCGCCCGCCAGCGGUCGGUCACGGUCGCGGGUGUGAUGAAGGAGCGACUAGAGGGUCAAUCACUGAGCUCAGUGACUUCAGCGAGCGAAGCGGGAGCAUCGGGGAUGACUGUGGAACAGCGGAAGCGCUCGACCACUAUCGGCCACCUGCCACCUGUACCUACCACUAAGCCACCGCCUUUACCUGGUGGUCUAGGAGAAAGCGCAGGACUUCGCUCGUCGAGCGUUGGGCAGCCGCCUUCCCGCCCCGUACCAGGCCCUCCUCAGCCUGCACCCUUGCGACCCUCGAGAAGCGAGUUUCGGCGCAGCAGAAGUAUCUCGUCUGACAGCCGACCUGGAACUUCUCCCGGGUCCCUACCUCUUCGCAUCGAUGUACAGCAAAGAGCACCUGCGCGACCCGCUACCGCUGAAGGAGGGACAGGAUACGCUAACUUCUGGGACGGACCACACUCCACUCGACACGCAGUUCUUCAAAAAGCGCUUCCUUCGAUCCCGCAAGAGGUGUCCCCUGCGGCAUCUCCCGUGAAGGACAAUGACCAAACUGCGACAAGCAUGUUCCAGGAAGUGGUCGUGCCUACACGAGCAGCAGGGGACCUGCACGGCUUCAGCCCUUCAUUGCCCGUCUUCCGACGCUCUGAGGAGAUUGCUGACGACCAAUCGCGUUCGCACUCUCCUGAAAGUCCAGCCCGAGAAGAAGCUACCACUCAGGCCGCCGCACCUUCGGUUUCCGAACAACCCUCCAGCAGAUUGACUGGGGCUUUGCCAGCCCCGUCUCCUCUGCGCAUUCCUUCUUUGGUCAGGCGGCCUGCUGUGUCCAAUGCUUCGGUGACUUCGCCUCGGAUGGGCAGCCCACGCACCCCGCGUCUUCCUUCCGGGCCACGGCCAGCACCGGCAUCGCCCGUGCACCCAACUCCUGUCGUACAGGAUAGUCCUGUCGUCCAAAGAGGGGCAGGUGCGCGGUCGCCAAGUCGCCCUCGACCAGAACUAGGUAUCACAAUAGGUUCGCACUCUACAUCCUCAUUAGCGACAUCCUACCCUUCGCCACCGCCUCCACCUUCGAUCCCACCUCCGCCACCGCCUGUGACAACGACUUCGCCCCUACUACCGUCGCAAUUACCUCCAUCCUCUGCUGCCCCUGCUGUUGCAACCACGGUGGCGCACGUUCGGGCACCCAGUGAUUCCACGCAUAGCGAGGAUGUGAAAAGUCCCGCAUCGACGGAGGCUCCGGCUGUACGCAGUCUUCCUGCCCCUCCUGGUGCUAUACCCGAAUACGCUCUUCACGACGGUUCACGUCCCAACCAUCACAGCUACCGCAGCGAAUCACCCUCAGGGCAGUCUGUGCUCGGCUCUCCACCGCCAUACCACGUUGUAUGCUGGGACUGCCAGCCUCCGCAGGACGAGCAGGAUGAGCAGAGGCAUCACACUCAACAAGGUCAGGCUGAGCCGCCGCCCAACAACGCCAAUGAGGCUCGUCCAUUGCCCUCUACGGCGUCUACUGAAGGUUCCUUCCGUCGCGUACGUGUGCGGCCACCGCUUCCGGCAGGGCCGCGGAUGCCUAGUAUACGCCGUCGUGCAGAUACUCUGCCUAGCAGCGGUUCUCGACGCCGUCGCCUGCGCUCAUCGGCCGAAGCAAACGACGCCGUGCUUCACAGCCCAGUGAGCAGAAUAUCGUCGAACAGGUGGCCUGCAUACACGCUCGACGGUGCCAAACUGGUGUUCACAUCCGAGCAGCUCCAGUCUACGGUGUCGCAGGCUAUCCGUCACUCCGCGCAGGCGUCGUCAAUCCGCCUUCUUCGCCCGGAAGAUGUCGAGACCAGAAUUCCCACCGAACUCAGCAGACUGGAGGAACGGCGGAUCGAUAUCAAGGCACAAUUUGCGUCCUUGAAGCGUGCUCGGGACCAGACGCUGUCCUCGUUGUCUUCGAUGUUCAGCAGCACGGAAGCGCAGGGUUCCGGGUCGCAGCAUGUGCAAGAACUGCGCAAUGUUUCUGCUCGCCUGGACAAGCUCUGCGAGGACCUGCACACCACCGGCGAGCGUAUCGCCGAGCUCAGGUCUCUCCUCGCUGCUCAUCAAAGCAGUGCUUUGUCGGUCGCCUUGCGCAAGCUGAAUAGUAGCUUCCAGCGGCGGUGCGCGGAGCUGAACCGGGAACGCGAACAUGCUCGGGAAUUGGAGGCGGAGAGAGAUGAGGCGUGGCAGCAUGCCAGUGCAGUCGCGAAGGAGCUCGACGAGAUGUGCGUGAAGGUGGAAGGCUCAACGCCUGGGUCGAGUCGGCGGUCGAGCAGGGUGAUUGCGUCGCGGAAGAGUAGCCUGCGAGUAUCAAGGGCAGGGCUUCGUCCUUCGAGUAGCAGUCGCCGGACGAGCACCAUAUCAUCUGGGGCGAAGUCUGGAUAUUCGUCCGACAGCGAUGGCAUCCCGCCUGUGCCGCGCCUCCCUGGUCGGUCCUCUCUAUCACCUACUGCAGGUCGAAGACCAAGGGCGCUAUCCGACGGUGCUAUAGGACAUAGGCAGCAGCGCAAGCUUGACGCGAGCGCGCCCAUAUGGAAGCAUGACCGUCGGGUUCGCUCGCGGUCAGUACCUCCACGAGCAUCGCUGGCCGCUGGAGAGAUAGACAUGAGGUCCUACCAGUUAUCUUGA